GCUUUCGAAUCUCAUCAACGCGCUCAACACCAGAUCUACUUUCAAUAUUAUGUCUACUCAACCCUCCGUUCUGAUUGUCGGCUCCGGCCCUUCCGGCCUCGUCGCCGCCCUCACAUUCCUCCAGAACAACAUCCCGAUCCGCAUCAUCGACAAGAGCCCCUCCCCGCACCCCAGCUCGCGCGGUUCGGGUAUCAUGCCCCGUACGCAAGACCUGCUUCACCAGCUCGGCGCGACGGACCUCGUGGAGGCUCUCGAGCCGAUGGUGCCUAUCCGGACGUACAAGCCCGGUGGGCUCGAGAUUGAGCGGGACUUUUUGAUGUUCACGCCGAAGGAAGGGACACCACACUUUCCUUACAUGAACCCAAAGAUGAUGGGUCAGAGUGGGACUGAGGCGUAUUUGCGUGGCCAUAUCGCGAAGUUUUCAUGUCAGGUCGAGUAUGGGACGGAGCUUCGCUCUCUCGAGCAAAAGGAAGAUGGCGUCGUUGCGCAUAUUGCGAAGAAGAUCGGCGACCAAGAGACGUUGGAGAUCAUCAGCGUACAGUACCUCAUUGGCGCGGACGGAGCCAAAGGCACUGUGCGCAGGCAGCUGGACCUCCCAUUCGUAGGCAACACCCAGGAUGAUGUGCGCACCGUCUUGGGCGACAUCUGUCUCACCGCUGAGGGCGUUGACCGCCAACACAUACAUCGGUUUGGCGAUCCCAAGGCCGCUUUGGCUGUGCUCCUCCCAAGCCGCGAAGUCGACGACCAGAACGAUGGAUGGCAGGUCGUGGUUGCCGAUCCCACGAAGGACAUGGCAAUACUCGCGAACGAUGAAACCGAGCUUGUCAAUUGUAUCAAAGCCAUCGUUCCUGUAGAGGUUAAGUUCAGGAAGUUAGUCUCGGUCGGAGAGUGGAGACCGAACGUCCGGAUGACUAACACGUUUAGUGUCGGACGAGUGUUCAUAUGUGGUGAUGCUGCACACGUACACAGCCCAGCAGGCGGCCAAGGCUUGAACUCCGGCAUCCAAGAUUCCAUUAACAUCGCCUGGAAGCUCUCCCUCGUCAUCAAACAUCUCUCGCCUCCCUCCCUACUCGAAACCUACAGCGCCGAACGCGUCCCCGUCAUCUCCGAAAUGCUCAACCUCACCACCGAGAUGUUCUAUCGCAACCGCAACUUCUCCAGUUCGGGCAACGGAUUCGAGCGGCCCGAGAAGCUCCGCAUGCACGGUGUCAAUUACCGCUCGAGCUCUGUCGUACUGGAAGAACGGAAUCCUGGGUUGCCGGAGACCCCUGCGUAUGGCGACGCGGUCGAGGGCGAGGGCAGGGUACUGGUUGCUGGCGACCGGGCGCCGGACGCCCCAGCGCUGGUUGACGGAGAGGGGACGAAGUAUAGGUUGUUCGACCUGUUCAAGAUGACGCAUCAUACGGUCCUGGUUUUCGCACCUUCCCUGGACUCUGCGAAGCCAGUCUUGGAUGCGCUCGCUGCGCGUGCGGGUGGGACUGUCAAGCCAGUUGUUGUGCUUCCCCAGGCCGCUUCUCUGUUGUCCGUCGACGAGAUUGAUGCGCUCAUCGUUUCUGAUGGGGAGGAUUACGCAUACUCAGGCUAUCAGGUCAAGCAGGGCGAGACAUAUGCGGUAGCUGUGCGUCCAGAUGGGUUUAUCGGGGCUAUCACGGCUAGCGUUGAGGGUGUGCAGUCGUAUUUCUCGAAGGUGCUUCUAUGAGGGAUAUUUUGAGGAUUUAACCAUUGUAUCUUUUAUGACAUUGUAGUUAGAACUUUGUUUGACUAUACUGUACCUUUUCGACCGUAGGCUCGUCCCCUGUCCACUGGGACCGGCGAGCCGAGCUUGCGACAGGUGGACUGUCCACCCCCGCAAGACCCAUGCGAGCCUAGGGUGGUGGACAGACAGUAAAAAGUCGAAAUAAAUCAUGUAAUUUGCGG